GACGGAGAAAGAGACAGGAGAGAGCCACAACAGGAAAAAAGUGGCAAAGAGAAAGGUCUGAGCACCCUUUAGGGGGAAAAGGACAGAGGAGACUCGGGUUUUUGACCGGUUUACGGCAGCCCAGCUGUGACACCAGCGGCAGUGUGUGACUCCUCUGUUCCUGUGGAACUGUAGCUUUGCCGUCAGCAAGUCUUGGAGGAUGGAAAGACCUGCUAAGCUAUAGGCUUUAGAUGGAAACAGCUGUCAGCACAUAGAGGAUGGAGGAAGUGGAAAACGCAAAGAGUGACGGCACUAUGAUUGAUGACACCGCUGUGCUGUUGGAGGACUAGUCUGUCAUUUUGGAGCAUCUAGAGUAUCUUUGCUGGUUAUACUUGGUCACUCAUAGCGAUCUUUCUGCACAUCUGUCCUUUAGUGGGAAAGAGACAGAAAGAAGGUUUUGCGGUGUUUGAGAGCCACAGGUCUCAUUUACCCUCCCUCCAAAUACAAGCUCCUCUCUUCCAAGUGGCUGAGAGGUUAUCACGCAAAUGGUUGUCAUGAUGUUCAUGUAGUGUCCUGACAUUAGUAGUUGUGGAGCUGAAGGAGGUACCGGUGGAGGUGGGGGCGGCGACAGCGCUGGCGGUGGUGAACAUCCAGGGAUGGGAAGUGCUCCGUAUCCAGCCGGUGAGUGGAAGGGGAAGGGGCGAGGCAGCCUGCAGGAGCUGGGGUGCAUGCCCUGGAAGGUCAGCAAACAGAAAGGUGGUGGAGGAAGUGGAGGGGGAGGAGGAGGGGAGGCGGUGGUGGGAGCAGAGGAGAAGAGGUCCAGGGAUCCCAGGGAAACUCAGCAGCAAGAUCUCUCAUCGUCCUCUUCUUCACUCACCUCGCCAGCUCCUCCCCAAGCUUCUUUGGUGCCUCCGGCCAUUUAUCACGAAAAGCAACGGCGGGAGCUGUGUGCCCUGCACGCACUCAAUAACGUCUUCCAGGAUGGGACAGCCUUCAGCCGGGACACCCUGCAGGAGAUCUACCAGAGGCUCUCUCCCAGCACUAUGGUGACGCCUCACAAAAAGAGCAUGCUGGGAAACGGGAACUAUGACGUCAAUGUCAUUAUGGCAGCCCUGCAGACCCGAGGGUUUGAGGCAGUUUGGUGGGAUAAAAGAAGGGAUGUUGGCAAUAUUGAACUGUCCAACGUGGAGGGCUUCAUCCUGAACGUACCGUCCAAUCUGCGCUGGGGGCCCCUCCGGUUGCCGCUUAAGCGCCAGCACUGGAUAGGCGUCAGAGAGGUGGGAGGAGUCUACUACAACUUGGACUCCAAGCUACGUAGCCCUCAACCAAUUGGCAAUCCGGAUGAGCUCAGGAAGUUUCUCCACCAGCAGCUACGAGGGAAGAACUGUGAACUCCUGCUAGUCGUCUCAGAGGAAGUGGAGGCGCACCAGACAUGGCGAUCUGAUGGCUAAGGGUUUAACCAGCCUACCACAGCUCUAACUGGGCCAGCAGUCCAAUCGCAGAAUAAACUGAAGAGGAACUAGCAUUGUUGUGCUCAGCCAAACCCCUUUGAUGCACACUUGCAGAUAUAUAUCUACUACACACACACACACACACCUUUUUUGGAGGUUUUGUUUACACAGCCAUUGCUGGACAAUUAUCUGGCGAGAUACAAUGCAAUGAAGGAAGCAAACACUUUACAUACAGGGAGAAUCAAAGAAUCACAGCUCUUUCUCACGACACAGCUAAGACUUCUGAAGUGUUAUCCUGUUUCUGCUAUUCUUGUGGAUUUUUUUUAUAUUGAUGCAUAUUUUCAAUGUCAGUUUUGAUCUUUUGCUUUUGUUUUUUUCCCUUUUUACUUUUCUAGUUUCCAAAGUCAUUCGAGUUCAGGCUUUAUGAAAAAUGCUAUGUUCAUGUGCCUGUCUCCUUCAGUGAUCCUCCCCGCUUCUGUCAUGACGUUCACUGAUGUGUCUUUGUGUUUGUGUCCUUCCCUUCGUGUUGUAAAGCUCUCUUUCUCUUUGUCCGUAUCACUUUCACCAAAGCGUGCCCUUCGUUGCCUCAACGUGACUCCAUCUCUGUCUUUUUCACGUCACUGGUAAGAAUCGGUGAGUGAUCACGUUGCCAACUUUGUAUACUUCAACACCUCCCAAACAUUUCUGGCACAGACAGAGCCUUUGCUGCGGAGGCUCUGCCAACACAACACUUUUAUAUGGCAACAAAGCAAUGCAACAGCACCCUGGCCAAGUAGACCCUCUAGUGGAUGUUCGCCUAAUUUUCAGUCAAGCAAGACAUACCAUCAUCACCUAUCCAGUUUUUCUGAAGUCUCAAACUUCUUAUAGCAUGCCUUGAUUAAGAAGCCAAUGCCCCAUGACUGUUUUUUCCUUUUAAAUCAAUCAUUAAUCAUAAUGGGUCCAGCUUUAAUUUAGCUUAAACACUGGUCAGCACAAGAGUCAUCAACCUUCAGUUUGUCCAUUUUCCCUAAAAAAAAAAACCAAAUCACAUUUAUAUAAGCUCCCAAAGUUAGAGUAUCACUGCAACAGAGUUAAGUUUGCAUAUCCGAAAAGGUGGUGUUUACCUUUAGCAGGAUUCUUUUACAUAUAAUAAUCAAUUUAGUGUGACAUUUCAAAUGUAAGUCUAAAGGAUAGAUAAAAGUGUACCAGCAAAGCCUGUUCCAUAUUACAAAAUGAAAAAACUUCACCAUAUUUUGUAGAGGCCGAUUUGUUCCUGAUGGGUUGCUUUUUUAUGUAUAUGUAUUCUACAUAUACAUAUACAGCAUAUAAAUACAUGUGUCAAAUUAGAGCAGGAAUUGCUUUUGUUGUUAAUUCAGAUCUGCUGAGGUGCAAUAUGGCAUUGUAUUAAAGGCAAAAGAAUGGGAGUGUGUAAAACUCUGUAAUGUCGCCGUAAUUGCCCGACACAUCCCUUUCUAACAAAGGUUACUGCACAUAUCAGAUGGCAUUUAUAUACUGAUACUGAGAUAUCUGUAAUAGGUGAGUGUCGUCUAAAAAUAUCAGUUAAGUCAGAUACCAGUUGGGCUCUGUACGCCAGUUAACGAGAGAUCAUGCAUAUGAGGAAAUGAUUUUGUUUCCCUCCAUCACCGACUUCUACUCAGAGCCACCAACAUUUGUUAAGCGUCUUCAAAGUGAUCUUUCACGCAGAUGACACAACAGUUAUCAACCCACUGUAGCCCCCACCCUACCUCUUACUUUGGCUUGCGAGUGUCCCCACCACAGCAGUCCUCAGUAGCACUGGAGCUCAGCCUAUGCAGAGAUUCUCCUUCUCUGUAUCCUCUCAUAAAUAUCCUGCCAAAAUACAGCUCUGAGAGAAUGUCAACGACUGUCCCACCAAGUCUUACGCAGCUGCUUCUGUUGCGUGAAGUUUCAAUCUGUGGAAGAUUUUGUUGGUGGCUUAGGGGAAAUGAAACUUAAAAAAAAAAAAGCUUGAAGAUCUUUAGGAGGUGUCAGGUGUAAAGAAAGUGUAAGUCGGAAAGUGUCCCAAAUUUCCAGCCUUUACGCGUGCUGUGGGAAAGUGUAGUGAAAUGAGCCUAAUGAGAGAUUCUGCUGUUGUAGCUUUUCGUAUUUAUCAACUGUUAAAACUGUUUGCUACUAUAAAUGUAUUGUCUGUUGACGACAAUAUUGGCCUUAACUUGUUUACAUUGAAAGAAACAUAUAGAUAUACGUUGCUCUGAAAUAUUGACGGGGGGGGCUGUGCAGUUUGGCGCCACUUCAGGAGGUUAAUUCCAAAGCACCGACGAGAAAUCCAGUAAGCAAAGAAACGAAUCUGUAAUGAUAUUUUCAGUUUUGCCGCCAAGGACUUUAUGUUCUAUUCAAACGUUUGAAAUGACUUUUAUAGGAAAAAAAGAUUACUUUAUUUUAAUGGUGCAUGUCUUAUUUUAGAGUGACUCCAGCGCAGGCUGUUGGCCAUCACCGCCUCGUUAUAUCCAAGCCGAGCAAUCGUCAGUAAUUUGUGGAGAGUUUUCAGCCCAAUCACGUCGUGACUAGUGUGGCACAUUUGCACUCAGCAUUUGCCUUUUUCUUCUUUUUUUUUGCCAUGACAAUCCAUUUAGCCCUUCCUAUUAAAGGACCCUGAUUGUCACUGUAAUUUUCUUUUCAAUAGAAAUAAAAUGCUUAUAUUGGCACUUUAUGUAUAAGCUGGUGUGUGGGUGUAUU